AUGGCAGCGGCAGCAUCCUCAUCAUCCUACAAGGCGCGCCCCGUCUUCAACGAGACGUACGAUGGGUUCCGCCCGGCCUCAACCAGCAGCUUCCCGCGGUUUCCGGACCUGCCAGCGGAGCUGCGCCUCAAGGUGUGGGAGGCGGCGCUGCAGCGAAGCCGUAUCAUCACGAUCCGGGCCUGGGCGGGCUGGCGGCCGAGCUGGGAGAAGCAACCGGAGCGGUACUCGACCCGCAACGAGCUGGGCCACGUCGUGAGCGGCAACAUGUACUCGCUGUACGCCGACAGCCUGCCGCGGCCGGCCCUGCUGCGCGUCAACCGCGAAUCUCGUGACGCCGCCCUGGUCUUCUACCGCGUGCGCCUGCCCUUCUUCCGCGAGGACCAGCACGGCAGUGGCGGCCUGCUGCGCGAGCCCGAGGCCGCCCGGGUCUGGCCGCUGUACCUCAACCCGGAGCACGACUUCCUCGACACGGACGUGGCCGACGUCCAGCACCUGGUCGACCUGCUGCACGACGUCAAGGCCUUCGACCCGCGCGGCGCCGGCGCGCUGAACCUGAUGCUGUACUACCGCGAGGCGCGGCCCGUGACGUACGUGCUCAACAAGCUGACGACGGCGGCGCGCGAGUCGCUGGCGGCGACGCUGGCCGGGCUGCGCAGCCUGUGGCUCAAGCUGCCCGUCGACCACCGCAUCAUGCCGGCGUGCGGGCGGGCGCGGCCGUGGGGCUACUUCAACCACUCGCUGCCGAUCAAGGCGGACGCGAGCGGGUUCGAGCGGCUGGCGCGCGACCCGCGGCCCAUCGACGGCGACCUGGCCCACGUGCCGUGCCCGCCCAGCCCGGCCGCGCACCUGCGCCGCUGGGCCCGCCUCGAGGCGUACCUGGGCAUCGCGCGCCGCGACCCGCUCGACGUGCGCUUCGUCGUCGCGGCCGACCUGGCCUGCCACAGCCGCCGCGAGAUCGACCGCCGCCUGCAGCGCGCCCUGCUGCGCCACGAGGACAUGUUCGUCAGCGGCGAGGUGACGUCCGAGGACGAGGCGUGCUCGCUCGAGGACCGCGACGUGCUGGUGCGCCGGCGCCGCGCCAAGCGCAACAUCAAGACGUGGAAGGACUUUGUGGACAAGCCGAGGGCGGGCGGCGCUGGGGACGGCGACGGCAGCGACGGCAGCGACGGCGGGGAUCAGCGGGAGGAGGAAGACAUACCCACCGUGUUUGGGUUCUGGCUGUUCCCGAGCUCCAUCUUCGAUCGCACCUCGGCUGCGGAGGGCCCGCCCGUUCAGUACCAGACAGCAAGAGGGUUCGGCCACACGGAAGAGUAUACCAUCGCGGACCUGUCAGCCCAGCGCCCGGAGCUUUGUGUUCUCGAUCUGGUCUAA